UGUGAUGAUUCAGCCUUGUCACAUACACAAUAAAAAAAUUUUGUAAACGUAAACUAUUAUUACAUGUAUAUUUUUUGAUGUUUAUUCAGUAUUAAAAAUUAAAUUAAAAAAUAUAUAAUGAUAGAGUGUCUUGUUGUUAAUGAUAAAUCGUCUAAAUUAUUUAAUUAUAAUAAUUUUUUUUUAAGUUUAAAUUGUUAGAGGUUAACAUUUGAUACAAUAAUAAAUAAAUAUAAAAAAUGUCAAAAAAUAUUCUUGGAAGCAGCUUGGAGAAUGCCUCGUUGAACAUAGUCUUUCAGAUAUUCUGUCGUUUGUUGACAUUUAUUUUAAAUGCAUUUGUUGUACGAUAUGUGGGUCAAGAAAUACUGGGUGUAAUGAACGUCAGAUUACUCUUGUUGGAAUCAACAAUAUUAUUUUUAUCAAGAGAACCAUUUUUCAAAGCAUGUUUAACAAAUACAGCUGAACAUAAUUGGGCACAAGUUGUCAAUCUUCUUUGGCUAACGGUACCACUUUGUGGUGUCAUGUCAAUAUUUUUUGGAUACAUAUGGCUAUACAAAUUGCCAAUGUCUGAUGGUCUUCCAGCUGAUUAUGCUUUUGCUGUAUUUUCAGUUGCAUUAUCAUGCAUCAUUCAUAUGUCAUCACUAGUUGUUCAAUUAAUUUCUGUAGCAUUUUUAUUCAAUGGCUUCAAGAUUAUUGUUGAUACACUUAUGAUUGUAUUUAGAACAAUUUUAUUUGUUUCGAUGAUACUUUAUAAAGCAGAAAAUGCUUUAUUUGCAUUUAGUGUUGCACAGCUAGCAUCAACACUAUUUUACACAAUUUCUCAUUACAUAUUUUUCUAUUGGUACAUCAAAAAAAUUGACAAUGAUAAAAAGAAAAUUAAAAAAUAUGAAAUACCAAUGAAUAAUGAAAAUAUUGAUGAUAAUUUUGACAAUGAAUUUCCAUUUAAAUCGAUAUUUGAAUUUUUACCUGGAUACAUGAAUAACCGAGAUUCAACGUUUGAUAAUAAGCUGGUAAUUUUAACCUGGAGUUUUUUUAGACAAGGUUUUUUAAAACAAAUAUUAACUGAAGGUGAAAGAAUGAUCAUGACUGUUAUACCAGUUUUAACAUUUGCACAACAAGGAACAUAUGAAAUAAUAAAUAAUCUUGGAUCACUUGCUGCUAGAUUUAUAUUUAGACCAAUUGAAGACAGUGGAUAUUUUUAUUUUACACAAAUGGUUAAAAGAGAUGAAAAAAUUAAUCAACAAAAUCCAUCAAAAAUUCAAGAAAGUGUUGAAGUCCUAACAAAUUUAUGUGCAAUAGUAACGUCAAUUGGUUUUAUUGUGUUGGUGUUUGGUCAAUCAUACUCAUCAACACUUUUAUGGAUAUAUGGUGGUGAUAAAUUUACAGAAUAUUUACCAGUUCUUCUUUUACGUGCACAUUGUCUUGCUGUAUUGCUUCUUGGUAUCAAUGGUGUUACUGAAUGUUAUACAAAUGCAACAGCAGACAGUGCAACAAUAAAUAAAAGCAAUUUAACAAUGAUUUAUCAGUCAAUCAUAUUCCUGGGUGCAUCAUGUAUACUUGUUUAUAUACUUGGACCAGUUGGUUUUAUUCUUGGCAACUGUAUCAACAUGUCACUUCGUAUUUUUCAUUCAGUAUCAUUCAUCAAUGAAAGACAUCAUGAUACAAAUUUAAAACCACUUGAUGGAAUUUAUCCAAAACGACUAUUUUCAAUUUUACUUGUUGUCUCUGGACUUGUCACAACAAUAACACAAUAUUAUUCAAUGUGGAUACAUUUAAUUGUUGGAACAAUUAUGUUUGCUUGUGUUAUGUCAUCAUGGAUGUAUGAACACAAAGAAUUAGUCAUUUUGGGUAUUAAAAAAUUGCGAAAAAGACGUAAUCAACGACUCAGUAAAAAUGAUUAACAUUUAUUUUUUUAUUCCUGAAAUUAUAGAUAUAUUUUUAUUAUUUAUUGAUUGUUUUUUUUUUUUUUUUCAACAAUUACUUUAUGUACAAAUUGUAUAUAAUAUAUAUUUCAUUCCAAAGAUAAUAAUAAUCUCUCUUUCACUCUGUGUGUUUAUGUGUUAUCACUAUUCUUCUCUUAAUCAAAUUAUUGUUGUUGUAAUUAAAAUUCCAUUGUAAAAUUUGAUAAUUCGAGAAGGUGUAAUGAUUUUCAUUGAGACGUAUCCUUGAACACAGCACCAGUUACUAAUCCAUCACGUUGUAUUAUACAUUGUCUAUUAAAAAAACAACAAAAACAAAAUAUAUUUUCCAUUUAAUAAUAAUGA